AUGGCUACAGGGCAACUGUCAGAAGCUUUGGCUUCUAAAAACCCCUCUGUGCAAUUCAAUGUGGUCGACAGGGAUGCCUCACUAAUUGCGGUCUGGAAUUCAGACCACAUCCCCAUAUUUGAGCCUGGCCUCGAAGAUAUAAUAUUUGAGGACGGCGAAGCCAAUGACAAAGCACACUGUGAUUCGCUGCACAAUCAUCAAGGCCGGCGGACAAGAAGGCUUGCUAACAUCUUCUUCUCUGCUGAUAUUUGCAAGCACAUUCUCGACGCUCAUAUUAUUUUUAUCUGCGUUGACACCCCCGAUGAGAUUAGAGGGCUUGACUUGAAGAAUUUAGAGUCUGCCAUCAAUUCAAUUGCGCAGCUAUCAAAGGGGCACAAAGUCAUAGUCCAGAAAAGUACUGCACCUAGCGGCAUUUUUGACAUAGUAUCGAGUCCAGAGUUUCUAGCUCAAGGCACCGCUAUGCAAGAUCUAUUGAACCCUAAUCGGGUGGUCAUUGGCUAUGAACCAGCAGCGGAUGGCACUACUCCUGAAGCAGUGAAGACUCUGACACGCUUGUAUACUCCAUGGGUGCCCAAGGAACGGAUUGUCACGACCAACACAUGGUCAUCCGAACUAGCCAAGAUUGCCUCCAAUGCCCUUAUUGCCCAGCGCAUCAGCAGCAUAAACUCCCUGAGUGCUGUCUGCGAGGCGACUGGCGCAAGUGUCACCGAGAUCUCUCGGAUUGCUGGACUGGAUCCACGGAUUGGACCGUUGUGUCUGCGAGCAGGAUUUGGAUUUGGUGGCUCUUGUUUGCGUAAAGAUGUUUGCUGCUUGAUCUAUCUAGCUCGUGAGCUCGGAUUGUACGAUGUGGCUGAGUACUGGCGGGGUGUGAUCCAAAUCAAUGACUCUCUAUCCGCACGCAUCACGCAACGAAUAAUGUCAUUUCUGCCCCCUGAUGUGACAGGGAUGGAGACGAAGGCAGCCGUCCUUGGUUUCUCUUUCAAGAAAAACACUACAGACAUCCGAAAUACUACCGCGACCAAUCUCGUUCGAGACUUGCUCGGCAGUGGAAUACGAGUCAAUAUCUUUGAUCCGCAUGUUCCAAGACAACGCAUUGAAAAGGCAUUGAUGUUACAGUGUGGUGCCGCUCAUGUGAAUACCGCUGUGGUAGAGCGCGCAGAGGCGGCAUGUGAGGGUUGCAGCAUUAUUGUGUUGCAUACCGACUGGGAUGAGUUUCUAGGCACCAGUGUGGAUUGGAAGGGAAUUGUUGCUCGGAUGCGGGAACCAAAGUUGUUCCUGGGGCCUCCUGGGUCAUUCGACGCAUACAAGAUGAAGCAAAAUGGGUUUACUGUUCUGGAGGUGGGGAAGCCAUUAUCAAGGGAGAUGAACUGA